AUGACGGAGAUGACGAUCAGGAGGACGAUGAGGGCAGUGGAGAUGGCGGGGAUGACGGAGAUGACCACCAUGAUGAAUCAUGAACAUGGUGGUGGCGAGGACGGCAGUGAUGGUGGUGACGAGAGGCUGUUGAACUCCCUGUCGGUGGACCCUGAUGCAAAGUGCAAGUACGGCCUGUACUUCCGGGAUGGCAAGCGGAAGGUGGACUACAUCCUGGUGUACCACCACAAGCGCCCCUCGGGCAGCAGGACUCUGGCCAGGCGGGUCCAGCACAGCGAUGCGUCCCCGGCAGCCCGUAGCGUCAAGCAGGACCAGCCCCUGCCGGGGAAGGGGUCCCCGGUGGAGCACCCCCUGGACUACCAGGAGGACGACAAGCGGUUCCGCAGGGAGGAGUACGAGGGCAACCUCCUGGAGGCCGGCCUGGAGCUGGAGUGUGAUGAGGACACCAAAAUCCACGGGGUCGGGUUCGUCAAAAUCCACGCUCCAUGGCACGUCCUGUGCCGAGAAGCCGAGUUCUUGAAGCUCAAGAUGCCUACCAAAAAGAUGUACCACAUCAACGAGACCCGCGGCCUCUUAAAGAAGAUCAACUCGGUGCUCCAGAAGAUCACAGACCCCAUCCAGCCCCGCGUGGCCGAGCACCGGCCCCAAGCCACCAAGAAGCUCUCCUACCCCUUCUCUCGGGAGAAGCAGCACCUAUUCGACCUGUCUGAUAAGGACUCCUUCUUCGACAGCAAGACCCGGAGCACCAUAGUCUACGAAAUCUUGAAGAGGACCACGUGCACCAAGGCCAAGUACAGCAUGGGCAUCACGAGCCUGCUGGCCAACGGCGUGUACUCGGCCGCAUACCCUCUGCACGACGGAGACUACGAGGGUGACAAUGUGGAAUUCAACGACAGAAAACUCCUGUACGAAGAGUGGGCGAGUUACGGCGUCUUCUAUAAAUACCAGCCCAUUGACCUGGUCAGGAAGUAUUUCGGCGAGAAGAUCGGACUGUACUUCGCCUGGCUGGGCGUCUACACGCAGAUGCUCAUCCCUGCCUCGGUGGUCGGUGUCAUCGUCUUCCUCUACGGCUGCGCCACGGUGGACGACAACAUCCCCAGCAUGGAGAUGUGUGACCAGAGGUACAACAUCACCAUGUGUCCCCUGUGUGACAAGACCUGCAGCUACUGGAAGAUGAGCUCAGCAUGUGCCACCGCCCGGGCCAGCCACCUCUUCGACAACCCGGCCACUGUGUUCUUCUCGGUCUUCACGGCCCUCUGGGCCGCCACCUUCAUGGAACACUGGAAGCGGAAACAGAUGAGGCUCAACUACCGCUGGGACCUCACAGGCUUCGAGGAGGAAGAGGAAGCAGUCAAGGAUCACCCCAGAGCUGAGUACGAAGCCAGGGUUCUGGAGAAGUCCAUUAGGAAAGAAGCCAGGAACAAAGAGACAGACAAGGUGAAAUUGACUUGGAGAGAUCGCUUCCCCGCCUACUUCACCAACCUUGUCUCCAUCAUCUUCAUGAUCGCCGUGACCUUCGCCAUCGUCCUCGGCGUCGUCAUCUACCGCAUCUCCAUGGCCGCCGCCCUGGCCAUGAACUCCUCACCCUCCGUGCGGUCCAACAUCCGAGUGACCGUCACGGCCACCGCAGUCAUCAUCAACCUGGUGGUCAUCAUCCUGCUGGACGAGGUCUACGGCUGCAUCGCCAGGUGGCUCACCAAGAUCGAGGUUCCCAAGACGGAGAAGAGUUUUGAGGAACGGCUCAUCUUUAAGGCCUUCCUGCUCAAGUUUGUCAACUCCUACACCCCCAUCUUCUACGUGGCCUUCUUCAAAGGCCGGUGCACUAGCGACCCUGGUCUGUGCCAGGUGGUCAGCCAGUGCGCGCCCGGCGGCUGUCUGAUGGAGCUCUGCAUCCAACUCAGCAUCAUCAUGCUGGGGAAGCAGCUGAUCCAGAACAACCUCUUUGAGAUCGGCAUCCCGAAAAUGAAGAAGUUCAUCCGCUACCUGAAGCUGAAGCGGCGCAGCCCCUCCGACCGAGAGGAGUACGUCAAGAGGAAGCAGCGCUACGAGGUGGACUACACACUAGAGCCCUUCGCCGGCCUCACCCCCGAGUACAUGGAAAUGAUCAUCCAGUUUGGGUUUGUCACCUUGUUUGUGGCGUCCUUCCCCCUGGCCCCGCUGUUCGCUCUGCUUAACAACAUCAUCGAGAUCCGCCUGGACGCCAAGAAGUUCGUCACGGAGCUCCGGAGGCCGGUGGCGGUCAGGGCCAAGGACAUUGGAAUCUGGUACAACAUCCUCCGAGGCAUCGGGAAGCUGGCGGUCAUCAUCAAUGCCUUUGUGAUCUCCUUCACGUCCGACUUCAUCCCGCGCCUGGUGUACCUGUACAUGUACAGCAAGGACGGAACCAUGCAUGGUUUCAUCAACCACACACUGUCCUCCUUCGAUGUCAGCGACUUCCAGAACGGCACAGCUCCCAACGACCCCCUGGACCUGGGCUACGAGGUGCAGAUCUGCAGGUACAAAGAUUACCGUGAGCCCCCGUGGUCCGAGCACAAGUACGACAUCUCCAAGGACUUCUGGGCCGUGCUGGCCGCCAGGCUGGCCUUCGUCAUUGUCUUCCAGAACCUGGUGAUGUUCAUGAGCGACUUCGUGGACUGGAUCAUCCCCGACAUCCCCAAGGACAUCAGCCAGCAGAUCCAUAAGGAGAAGGUGCUCAUGGUGGAGCUGUUCAUGCGGGAGGAGCAGGGCAAGCAGCAGCUGCUAGACACCUGGAUGGACAAGGGCCGCCCGCAGGACGACACCUGCAACAACCAUGCCACCAGAGCCGGCCAGGACAGCCCGACCGUCUCCACCGGCGCCCUGUAGUGGCCGGCCGGCGGGGCCCCUUCUCGGGGUGGACAGCCUGGUCUUCCCCAUGAGCAUCCUCUACCGGCCGGUCAGCCUGGCCCCUUCUCGGGGUGGACAGCCCGGCCUUCCCCAUGGGAGCCCUGUAGUGGCCGGCUGGCCAGGCCCCUACUGCAGAGUGGACGGGCCUGCCCUCCCCAGGGAUGACCUGUAGUGCCAGCCCGGCUCUUCCUUCUCAAGGGCUCCCUGACAGACGCUGGCCUCUUUCCGUGAGAAGGGCCUUGUUCUCCAUUCUUCCGGGUUGUUUUUCUGUUUUGUUUUGUUUUCUAACUCUUUCCUGGUUUUUUUGCACAAAACCAUUGCGCAGGGAAUUCCCUUUAUCAUGUGUCUCCACGGUGGAGGGAAAGAAUUGCUGGUGUCCAGCUGAGUCCACGUGGGGACUCAGGCACUUGGCAAAGACAAUUCUUAGAAACCGGUUUCGGCAUGGGGGGAGAGGGGCUCCUUUGCAUUGAAAUGGCCAUAUUGCUCGGUUUGGGUCUAGGGACCCUCGGGGGCCCGGGAUAGAAGCAGGGGAGUUCAAAAGCAGGUGCCAGGGAGCUUUCUGGGGAGCGAGGAGCAAAGGAAGCUGGAAUCUGUCUGCUCCCCGAGGCCUCCUGCCUCCAGGUCAGAAGAGUCCAGGCUUCUCCUCUGGGAGUUCAGAUGCUGAGAAAACCGAGUCCAGGCGGGGGCAGGGGGUCCAGAUCCCUCACCCUGUCCCUGCAAGGGCUCGGAGGGGGUUCUUUCACUCUUGGUGGGGCAGGUGUACAGCAAGAGAAGCACUGGGGCCCAUGAUUAGGGGGGGGGUGUCACCUGUCCCCUUAGAGCCCCACCUCCCCAACCCCAGCACUAAGCAAACCUUCAUGGGCAUCCUGAGGUUAACCUAAGUCGACUGACAAAACAAAAAAUCCAGAGACGGGACCACCCCGAGGAAUUUCAAAAAAUGACUUAACGAUUCCCAGGUGUCUGAAGGCUCUUGGGAAGGGGUGAUCCCAGCCUUGAGAUAUUGAUUGAUUGAUUUUUUUUUUUUUUAAGAGAAAAACUCAAUCGUACACCAGAUUUGAGGGUUUGGGGUUUGGGUAGGUUUUUUUGGUGGGGGGCGGUUAUUGUUCUGUUUCUGUAGCUUAAAAUUUGUAUUCCUUAUUUAUCAGUUAGCCCACUACCCUUAUGAGGGACGUCAAGAACCGUUACUACCAAAGAUUUUUCGUAACAAAGCCUUCUAUUUUGAUAACACUUCUCUAUAUUUGUACUCACAGGACACCACUGGGGGCGAUUCCUAUUGUAAAAGCUGGCAAGCAGCCCUCACCUCAGAGGUGAGGGGUGUAGCUCUGCAGGGCUGGGGGGGCCCAGGGCCUGCGCGGCCUCCGGUCACACCAGGACCCACGAAGGGGCAGCCUCCGCGUUGGUGCCAGGACUCUGUCCUCUGGGGUCCAGGGCCCCACGCUGGGCUCCAGCAUGCCAUCUGACACUGGUCUUUCCUCUUGCAUAGUCAGUGGUUUGAGAUGGGGGUUUUGUAUAUAAAUAAUAAAUAUUGUAUUAAGAA